UAGAGAUUGAAGGUCAGUGUCUGGCAGAGGGGGGAAACUAUCUCGAACUAGAGAAAUCUUGUCACGAAUAGACUGACCUCACAUUACUUCAAUAAUAGGCUACUACGGGAGUACUGAAAGACCAGUAUGCUAAGAGCACACGUGUGUGUCGGCGCUAUGUCAUCUCUCAGAGACGUUUGUGCUUCGAUGGGUCAACAUCCGCAGGAAGAUAGCAUGUUUGCAAAGUGCAGUGGGGCCAGUGAGAUGGAAGACGUCCUGCAGCCCAGCACCCUUUUUGACAGCCAUGCCUACCCGUGCUCUCAUAGAUGAGCCAAUUACCCUAGAUGGGCAUCACCUUCCCCCUCACUCACCUAUCACGGUGCGCGCCUAUAUGCAUAACGAGGACGGUGACCUAUGGGAGGCGCUCUCUCACUACAACACAGACUGGAGGGGUGUCGUCAACAUGACCACAGAUGUGUCUGUAGGGGGUUCCUAUGUGGGCUGUGAGCCCAUGGGAUUGUUUUGGGCCCUGCAGCCUGCACCUGGAGAGAGGGUCUGAGGUUGGAACAGGGAAUAAAACUAACAAAGAAUGCGAAGCUAUGGUCACAUUGAAAAUGAUUCAGAGACAAAUGCUAUUGUUCAACGAAGUCAAUAUAAAGAUUUUUAAAAGGGAUAGUUCAUCAAAAUGAUAAAAGCUGCGGAAGAGAAACGUUGAGACUCCGUACUCAGUACAGUUGUCCUUAUUAGAGGGUCACAUUCCGGUUCUACCCAGUGAGGGUUCCAACAAGGAGCAGCAGCAGAGAGGGGAACAGGAGCUGGCUGCAGUGACUGUUGAACGCUGGUACAUGGCACCAGGUGUCCGGAGAAUAGAGAUUAGGCAGAACGGAGUAGUGGGGACCUUGUUCUUACCCCCAGGUCCAGGUCCUUUCCCAGCCAUGGUGGACCUGUGGGGUAUGGGCGGGGGGCUGAUAGAGUACCGCUCAGCCUUGUUUGCUUCCCGGGGAUUUGCCAGUCUCUCCCUGGCCUACAUUGGCCACAAAGACAUCCCUGGUCCACUCAACACUAUCAAUGUGGGAGAUGCCUACUUUCAGACUGCAUUCCAGUUUCUCCAGGACCACCCCCAGGUGUGUGGGGACAGGCUGGGGGUCAUUGGCCUCUCGUUCGGAGCCUACCUGGCUCUGCGAAUCGCCACUCAGAUUGGUGUCAAUCCCAGGUGUGUGAUCGGAGUCAAUGGUCCAAUAGGAAGUAUCAACAAACUAUCAGACAGCGACGGCAAGACCGAAAGCUUUGAAGGGGAUCAGAAGCACUGGAGUUACGAUGAACAGGGCUACGUCAGCUUCAGAGAAGUGUCCACACCCAACAACAUUCCACCUGAGAACAAAGCAAAGGUUGAAAACCUGUGUUGCCCCCUACUGUACAUUGUGGGUGAAGAUGACUUGAGCUGUGCAGCUAUUGAGAACGCAGAUGAGAUUGAGAAGAAGCUUAAAGAUGCUGGUAGAUCCCACCUGUUCACCCGCCUGUCAUACCUGGGUGCUGGCCACCUGAUUGAGCCGCCCUACACCCCCAACGCCCGAGCCUCCAUGUGGACCACCCGACCAAAGAAACUGAUCACUCUCUGGGGAGGGCACCUGGCACCCCAUGCUGCCGCCCAAGAAGAUGCCUGGAAGAGGACCCUGGAAUUUAUGGAACGCCAUCUAAGAGGGUGAAGGGAGAGGAAUAGUGACCACUUUGUGAUAGAAUGGUACAUUUCAUGUCUCCACAAUGCAAGACCCAAAACUCAAAAUCAACUGUCCAAAAUCAGGUGGACUGUUCUCGUGAAUGUACUGUAAUUUCACAACACAUAUUGUUAUGUAGGCAUCUAUGUAUUGUCAUUGAUUUGUAAAAUGUUUAUGUAUACAACUAUUAUACCAUAAUAAAUUCAAUGGCAGGUAAACAAAGUAGCUUCAUCAUCAUUUCAUCUUUAUGAGAGGGUUACACUGCAUGUGUGUUGACUGAAACAGUCACGCCUUUACAUUGUGCCACUAAUGGUUGUGAUCUGGGCUG